ACUAUGUUCUGUUCCUUAGGUUCUGUCUCCUGUCCCUAUGGAUGUGUCUAUGCAAGAGGAAGAUUUGUGCCAAGCCUUCUCUGAUGUGUUGCUCAACAACGUAGAAGACAUUGAUGCUGAGGAUUGGGAGAAUCCCCAGCUGUGUAGUGACUACGUAAAAGAUAUCUAUCUGUAUCUGAGAGAGCUUGAGCUGCAGCAGUCGGUCCGCCCGCAUUACCUCGACGGGAAGACGAUCAAUGGGCGUAUGCGUGCAAUUUUAGUUGACUGGCUUGUCCAGGUCCACUCAAGAUUCCAGCUUUUGCAGGAAACGCUAUAUAUGUGUGUUGCAGUUAUGGAUCGCUUCUUGCAAAGUCAUCCAGUCCCUCGUAAGAGGCUUCAGCUGGUGGGUGUAACAGCACUGCUUCUAGCUUCAAAAUAUGAAGAGGUCUUCUCUCCUGAUGUAGGAGACUUUGUUUACAUUACUGACAAUGCCUACACCAGUACUGAAGUUAGAGAAAUGGAGAUUACGAUUCUUAAAGAGUUAAACUUCGAUUUGGGACGACCUCUUCCAAUUCACUUCUUAAGAAGAGCAUCAAAAGCUGGGGAGGCUGAUGCUGAGCAACAUACACUAGCAAAAUACCUAAUGGAGCUGACACUGAUAGACUAUGACAUGGUUCACCAUCGUCCUUCGGAGAUUGCAGCUGCUGCGUUAUGCUUGUCCCAAAAGAUUCUGGGACAUAACAAAUGGGGUACAAAGCAGCAGUACUACACUGGCUAUACAGAAGACAGUCUUGUGAUGACUAUGAAACAUAUGGCCAAGAAUGUCGUCAAAGUCAAUGAAAAGUUAACAAAAUACACUGCUGUGAAGAACAAGUAUGCAAGUAGCAAACUACUGAUGAUCAGCACAAUCCCACAGCUGAGCGGGAAGAUAAUCAGGGACCUGGCUGUAUCACUCCUGUGAUAACCCUAGACAGCCAAGUCUUGAUGGUAUACGCACUUUGUCUGCAUCUGCCUGUGGAGGCAAAACUACUGCUCUCUUUGUACAUAGCAUUCCAGCCUUAACACAGACAUUUCAGACUCAGUCAGAAGGUGGAAUUUUAAACUUGCUUUGUAAUACCAUUUACCUAGAAAUAAAGCUCUUUGCUUU